CGGGAGGGGGGACGUGAAUCCCGGCAGACUCCCGGGAGGAGACGCGCCACUACUCCCACAGAGUGGGUGGGCAGAGCCCAAGAGACCUAAACGUCGCUGUCCCUUCCCCACUCCAGCACCCGGAACCUUGAGCGCGCGGAACCUCGGAGACGGAACACCGGCGUCGCGGACCUUGAGGGCGAUGGAGCAAGCGCGCGGGCCGGGGGCCGAGGCUGACGCGCCUGAGGAGGAGGAGGGGGAGUCACAGGCGGCCAUGGCUGCAGUGGUGUCGGCCGCGGGUGGGGCGUGCCCCGCAGUCCUGCAGGUGGCCGGCCUCUACCGGGGCCUGUGUGCAGUGCGCAGCCGUGCCCUAGGGCUUGGGUUCGUGUCACCAGCACAGUUGCGCGUGUUCCCGGUGCGCCAGGGCUCGGACCAGCCCUCUAGGGGAGCAGACGGCAGCGGGGUCAGCGAGCUGGAAGCUAACCCCUUCUAUGACCGCUACCGGGACAAGAUCCAGCAGCUGCGCAGGUCUGACCCAGCUGCCUUCGAGUCCCGCCUGGAGAAGCGCAGUGAGUUUCGGAAGCAACCAGUGGGGCACUCCAAACAAAGUGAUUUUAUCCAAUGCAUGGAGCAGAAGACUGAUGCCUUGGGGAAACAGCCUGUGAGCAAAGGAUUCACUAAGGACAAGACUCUCAGUUCAAUCUUCAACAUUGAGAUGGUGAAAGACAAAACUGCAGAGGAAAUAAGACAGAUUUGGCAGCAAUAUUUUUCAGCGAAAGACACAGUCUACGCAGUGAUUCCUAAAGAGAAGUUUGAUUUGAUCUGGAGCCGGGCUCAGUCCUGCCCAACAUUUCUUUGUGCAUUGCCAAGAAGGGAUGGUUAUGAGUUCUUUGUAGGACAAUGGACAGGUACAGAACUCCACUUCACUGCACUGAUAAAUAUUCAGACCCGAGGGGAUGCAGCAACCAGCCAGCUGGUUUUAUAUCACUACCCUGAACUGAAGGAAGAAAAGGGCAUAGUGCUGAUGACAGCAGAAAUGGAUUCCACAUUCCUGAAUGUUGCAGAGGCACAGUGCAUCGCUAAUCAGGUUCAGCUCUUCUACGCCACUGAUCGGAAGGAGAUCUAUGGGCUAGUAGAGACCUUUAACUUCAGACCAAAUGAGUUCAAAUAUAUGUCUGUCAUCGCUGAAUUGGAGCAAAGUGGACUUGGAGCAGAACUGAAAUGUGCCCAGAACCAGGAUAAGACUUAGAGAUAUCUGAAUUGGCCCGUCACAGAGUUGGCUCAGUCCUGGAUAGCCUGAAGCUCACCCACACCCUUGAACUCCAGAGCUCAACAUCUGCAACUGUCAGUCUGUAAAGAGUUACCGUGAUUGCUUAUUGCAAGAAGUGACUGUGGACAUGAGCCCUAAUACUUGAUAUUCAGGAACAAAGGUAUAUAAUAUUCUGAUAAUUACCUCUCAGCAUAAGGGUUCCUUUUAAGUGUUAUUGGCCAUUUGAACAAGAAAUAUUCAAGGAU